GCUGAUUAGCCGGUCCUCAUUACAUACUUGAGCCGACGCUCUUCCCGCCGCUAAACAUUGUCGGCAUAAAGCCAUGUCACCACAGUGAGGGCCAGCCAGCAUGGCUGAGAGCACUCUGAACUUCAACGUGGGUGUGCUGGGCCACAUAGACAGUGGCAAGACGUCACUGGCACGCGCACUCAGCUCGGUGGCGAGCACGGCCAGCUUCGACAAGAACCCGCAGUCACAGGAGCGCGGCAUCACCAUCGACCUGGGCUUCAGCAGCUUCAGCGUGCCGACGCCGGAGCGGCUGUCAGCGCCCGGCAGCGCGCUGCGCACCGUCCAGUUCACGCUUGUCGACUGCCCCGGCCAUGCCUCCCUGAUCCGGACCAUCAUCGGAGGAGCCCAGAUAAUCGAUCUGAUGCUGCUGGUGGUGGACGUGACGAAGGGCAUGCAGACGCAGACGGCCGAGUGUCUGGUAAUCGGUGGCAUCCUCUGCCGCCGCCUGGUGGUGGUGCUCAACAAGACGGACCUGGUGCCUGAGCCCAAGCGCGCCGCUCACGUGGAGAAGAUGAGCCGCCGGCUGCGCGCCACGCUCCAGACCACCAGGUUCCGUGACGCGCCAGUGGUGGCGCUGGCGGCGCGGCCCGGCGGCGCAGAGGGCACCGGCGACGCCUCCGGCGUGUCAGAGCUGGUGGAGGAGCUGCUGCGCCAGGUGUACGUGCCUCAGCGGUCCGUCAGCGAGCCGCUCGUGUUCUCCGUCGAUCACUGCUUCAGUAUCCGCGGCCAGGGCACCGUCAUGACCGGCACCGUGCUGCAGGGCUCGCUGGCUGUCAACCAGACGGUCGAGAUCCCGGCGCUGAAGGUCACCAAGAAGGUCAAAUCGCUACAAAUGUUCCGCCGUCCCGUGGAGCGCGCCAUCCAGGGCGACAGAGUCGGCGUGUGCGUCACACAGUUCGACCCCAAAACACUGGAGCGCGGUCUGGUGGCAGCGGUGGGGUAUCUGCCCACCAUCACGGCCUGCAUCAUACAGCUGCACAGAAUCGACUACUUCCGCGGCGAGAUUCGCAGCAAGAGCCGCUUCCACGUGACGCUGGGCCACGACACGGCCAUGGCGCGGAUGACGCUGUUCGCCCGGCCCGGGCCGGCACCGGCCGCUCCAGCCGCCGCGCCCGGCGCGGACGAGGCGCCGGGCGACGCGCAGCAGGCGGACGAGUUCGACGCGGGCGCCGAGUACGCGUACCUGGAGUCGCUGGAGGAGGCGGUGGCCGGCGGGGCGCUGGCGCUGCUGGAGCUGGAGCGGCCGGUCACGGUGCCGCCGCGUGCCGUGCUCAUCGGCUCGAAGCUCGACAUGGACGUGAACUCGGCGGCCUGCCGGCUGGCCUUCCACGGCCGCGUGCUGGCGCCGUUGGCGCGCGACUACACGGCUACCCUGCUGCCGGGCCUGCGCGUCUAUAAGGACAAGAGCAAGGCGGGCACGGUGGAGCGGCUGCAGAGCGAGACCGAGCUCAUUGUGCGCGACCUGCUCAAGAAGGAGAGUAACGUGGCGCUGUUCAGUGGGCUGGCCGUGCAGCUGUCGACCGGCGAGCGCGGCGUGAUCGAGGGCGGCUUCGGCCAGAGUGGCAAGGUCAAGGUCAGAUUGACAGAUGCCCUGUCAGAGGAGACCCGGGCCAGACUAAGCGCCGCCGGGCGCCGAAAGGCCAAGUCGGCCCCUCCGACAGCGCCGCCGCCGCCGCCGCCCAGCGACCCGGUCACCGUCGAGCUGCGCUUCAAACGCUACGUGUUUGACCCCAAGAAGAGGAUGGUACAGAGCUGACGGCGGGAGCGACGGUGGCGGCCGGGCUGAGGCCGCAGACCGGCGCUGUGCCAGGUCUCCGCCAGGAGACCAGGCACCGACUCUGUGGUGCCGGUCUCCUUCAGCGGUCUCCGGGCCGGGAUAGCUGCUUCCCAGAGCGAACCCUGACAUUUGCCGCCGGCCGUCUGGCUGAAUAUUAAUGGUGGUGACGGCGCCCCCCCCCCCCCCCUCCCCUCCCACCUCCGCCGCGGUUCCGACUGUCGACCAUGUGCGGUUGGCGUCGGUCGAGGCACCACUGGCCGCGGCAGGUCCCUCGUCCGCCGGCGCUGUGUUGGGCCCAAUCGGGGCUGAGCAGGAGUGCGUGCAGGGAUGUUACCUCAUCCGGAUGUGGUUUGUGGCGGCUGUUCCGUUCCGAGGUCUCCGGGCAUGGCUGCUGGCCCCUAGCGAACACAACACCGAGGGCUGACGUAUUCAGGGCACGUUUUGGAGAAGCGAGGAGUGCCUGUGAUUACUGUCAUGGUGCUUGCGACGUUUUGUCACCCGUUAACAAAAUACACGUUUAUCCAUGUGCUGUU